GGAUUUUAAGGAAAAUACAAUGUGCAUAUGACUUUGUGAAGUACCAGUGACCAAUCUGAAGAAAGAAUUUUGUUUUAGCAUUUAGUUCUGAUUUUCAAUCAAGGAAAGGACUUUGUUUAAAUCAACAACAGGCAAAACAUUGUCUAUACACUACAAAUCUAAAUGUGAAAGAUGUCUUGGAAGAGGAAUUAUUUUUCUGUGGGACGGGGCAGUGUACAAGGAAUGUUCACUCCACGUAAUACAACAUCUAUAGCACCAAGUAAAGGUCUCAGCAAUGAACCAGGACAGAAUAGCUGCUUUCUGAAUAGUGCAUUACAGGUUCUCUGGCAUCUUGAUAUUUUUCGACGCAGUUUUCGACAGCUUACAACUCACAAAUGCAUGGGGGAUUCCUGUAUUUUUUGUGCUCUCAAAGGUAUCUUCAACCAAUUUCAGUGCAGCAGUGAGAAAGUGUUGCCUUCUGAUGCUCUUCGUAGUGCCCUUGCAAAGACUUUUCAAGAUGAGCAGCGUUUCCAGCUGGGCAUCAUGGAUGAUGCUGCAGAAUGCUUUGAGAACCUCUUAAUGAGGAUUCAUUUUCACAUUGCAGAUGAAUCUAAAGAAGACAUCUGCACUGCCCCACAUUGCAUUUCACACCAGAAGUUUGCAAUGACCUUAUUUGAGCAGUGUGUCUGUACUAGUUGUGGUGCCACCUCUGAUCCGUUGCCUUUUAUCCAGAUGGUGCAUUAUAUCUCAACCACUUCACUCUGCAAUCAGGCAAUUUGCAUGCUGGAAAGACGAGAGAAACCCACUCCAGAUAUGUUUGGAGAGCUGCUACAAAAUGCCAGCACCAUGGGGGACUUGAGAAAUUGCCCGAGCAACUGUGGCGAAAAAAUUCGUAUUCGUCGCGUGUUGAUGAACUCUCCCCAGAUCAUCACCAUUGGACUGGUCUGGGACUCAGAUCACUCAGAUCUGGCUGAGGAUGUCAUUCACAGCCUAGGCACCUGCCUUAAACUGGGAGAUCUCUUCUUCAGAGUUACUGAUGACAAAGCAAAACAGUGUGAACUGUAUUUGGUUGGAAUGAUUUGUUACUACGGAAAACAUUACUCCACCUUUUUCUUCCAAACAAAGAUUCGCAAGUGGAUGUAUUUCGAUGAUGCCCAUGUCAAAGAGAUAGGUCCCAAGUGGAAAGAUGUUGUGACCAAGUGCAUUAAGGGUCAUUAUCAGCCAUUGCUACUACUUUAUGCAGACCCUAGGGGAACUCCAGUAUCAACACAGGACCUGCCGACGCAAAUGGAUCUACAACAGUAUAGCAGGAUUUACUAUGAUAGUGAAGACUCAGGGCGUGAGCCUUCCAUCACAAGUGACACUAGGACAGACUCUUCUGCAGACAGCUAUCCCUAUAAACACUCCCACCAUGAAUCUGUGGUCAGUCACUUCUCUUCUGAUUCUCAAGGAACUGUCAUUUACAACAUGGAAAAUGAUGUAGCUUCACAGAGCAGCAGGGACACAGGACACCUGACUGACAGUGAAUGUAAUCAGAGGCAUAUUUCCAAAAAGGGCUCACUGACAGACCGUAAGAGGAGUUCCAGCAGAUCUCGAAAAAAGGGAGAUGAGUCACAGCCAUCAGGAUACCACAGUGAAGGGGAAACAUUGAAGGAGAAACAAGCCCCCAGAACUGCCCCUAAGACAUCCAGCAGUACCAGCAGGCUAAGGGAAUUUAAAGAGACAGUCAGCAAUAUGAUCCACAUCAGACCAUCACAGACAACCCAGGACUCACCACAUGGAAGGAAAGAGCAGACUGAAAUACAGUCACUGCCCAGAGGUCUGCCUGCUCGAGACUGGGAAAUGGAGAGUACCAGUAGUGAAUCCAAAUCUAGUUCUUCUAGCAAGUACCGACCCACUUGGAGACCCAAAAGGGAGUCUCUGAACAUAGACAGCAUCUUCAAUAAAGAAAAGAGGAAACAGUGCGGCUACACACAACUCAGCCCCUUCUCUGAAGAUGCAGCUAAAGAAUUUAUGGAAGAUGAGCUGAAGGAGCCAGUCUCUCAAACAAGAUCAAACCGAUCCAGCAGGUAUAAGUACUGGGCCCUAGGUCGGGGUGCACACCAUAUGGUGGAUCAGCACCCUCAUCUGAUCCAAAGGAUGGAAUCUGGUUAUGAAAGCAGUGAGCGCAACAGCAGCAGCCCAGUCAGUCUGGACAUGCCUUUGUCAGAGAGCUCCAGCACCUCCAGGGAUUCUCAUAUGAAACGACCUGGAGGUUUUGUCCCUGCUUGGCGUAAUAUCCCCAAAUCACAUAGCAGCAGCAUCUUAGAAGUAGAAUCUGCUUCAUCUGCUACUUGCUGGGCAAACAACAAGCACUCCAUUGGUAAUGGUGGGGAAAUGCUUGUCUCUUCCAAGAGUGAACUAGAUGAAUUACAAGAAGAAGUAGCAAGGAGGGCCCAGGAGCAAGAACACCAAAGGAAGCGGGAAAAAGAACUGGAGGCAGCAAUGGGCUUUAAUCCACACCCAAGCAGGUUCAUGGACCUGGAUGAACUGCAGAACCAGGGGAGGACUGAUGACUUUGAGAGGUCCGUACAGGAGGCAGAUUCAAUCUUUGAAGAGUCAUUGCAUCAAGAGCAGAAGGGGGACUGUGCUGCGGCUCUGGCUCUCUGUAAUGAAGCUAUAUCUAAACUAAGACUUGCCAUGCAUGAUGCCAGCUCUAGCACUCACAGCAGAGCUCUAGUCGAUAAGAAGCUGCAAAUCUGUAGCCGAAAAGAGCGGAGCCUCCAGGAUCGCAUGCAGCAACAGCAGCCAGCGCAGCCGGCGCCCACCCGCCACCCGCCGCCGGGGGGCCACAUGACCCAAACUACCAGUGAACAGGCUGUCCCGCUCCAAGUACUGCUGAGCCAGAAGACAGUGCUGGAACCCAGCAGAGAAGCAGAACUCGGGUCCAGUUCUUACUUCCAUCCACCUGCUUCCCAUCAUGAAAUGCAGUCAUCAUAUCCCAAGACCUUUCUCCCAUCGCCUGCUGAAGGCUUCCCCUCUCACAAGACCUCUCUGAACAUUCAAGCUGCUUCUGCUGGUUUCAGUGGUCAAGUUCCCUCUUUUCCAUGUAGACAUGGGAUGGGUGCUAGAUCUAUUCAAAUGGAGAAUGAUGUGGAGCUUGAGGGAGUCUGUCCCAAUAGUUUCAAGGGUGAUAAGGAUUGCAACAAGAGCAGUAAGCACGAAGAAGUACUUAACACAACAGCUUCUCUCAAACCAUAUCGCAAAAUGAAAUUUAACAUGGUGAACUCUGGAUCUCUGCCUACGCUCUUCCCCUCUUCAUAUCCAAUGCAAGCGCCAUCUGAUAAGAAAGGUGUGUAUGACUCCUACUUCCAACCAUCAAGCUGUUCAGAGUGGCCGAGUGCUUCUCAGCAAGGAGCCUCUCAUGUCUUAACACUGGCUUCUCUUUCCCCUUUGCCACAUUUUCCUCCGGAUCCAUUAAAGACUACUCAUAGGUACCUCAAAGCAAAUAGCCCUAAGUGUUUGCAUCAGCCACAAGGAGAGUUUGUCAAUGGGGAUUCUCCGAAAUCUGAGACGGUUCAUAGCAAGGGGCAUGUUCGUUCCCUGGCAGAACAGUUCCAGCGGUUGCAGGGGGUCCCCCAGAGGGAAGGCCCUCCUGAGGAAGAACAGAAAGUGGCUCAGAAUGCUCCCGCGUUACUGCAGGAAUCUGACAGCAGUCCUCCAUUCUCCUGUUAUAGACAGCCAGUUGUGGGAAGACCAGAAAAUAGAAUAUGGCCUGCUGAAAAGUUGAGCCCAGGUCUGAGUUCUAAGGAUAAGUUGUGUUCCAAGGAUUGUCUUAGUGCUUGCAGUACAAUUUCUAAGAGUUCUGGAUUUCACCACAAAGAGCUAUGCAACAAAGGGAAACAAUGUGCCACGGAUCCUGAUGUCUACCCAGGAAGGUUCAGUCAUGAAGGAGAAGUGAGACAGGUGAAGGACAGAAAGCCUGCCGGCUUGGUUUCAUCUAUGCCUGUGGACUGCUGGGUAGAGAAUGUUAAAAGGUAUUAUAGUUCUCAGCUGGAUUACAAAAAUACUACCUGGCUUCUGGUGCCUGGGAACAAGUUAGCAGUGUCCAAUCAAGUAGCUUAUGGAGAGAACCCAGGGCAGAAGCACCCACAGUGGAAUGAAGACACGGAGCAGGAGAUUUCUGAGCUGGAGGCCCUGUAUCAGGCUAGCUUGCAGGCACCUCAGACAAGCCAGUCUGUAUUGGGAAAGCUGGACAAUUCCCGGCAUCUGUUGGGCAAGACAGCAUCUGCAAAUUUACCUACAAGAAAGAUGCACAACACAGCUUGCAUGGGUCUCUCAAAAACGCCAACAGCAGAGAUUGAACGCAAUGUCUACGGAGCUAUUGCAUCUCCAUUCUCUAAGGUACCAUACACAAGAAACCAUGGCAAGGAGCCCGAAGAGGAGAUGUACAGUGCAGAGAACUUCCGUCGCAUUGCACGAAGUCUCAGUGGAACGGUCAUCACAAACAAGGAAGAGACACUUGUUUCUUCCCACAGUUUUGAAAUGUCCAAUGAGAGGAAAAUCCCAGUGGAAGCCAGACACCGCUCUUCCAGCACCACUUCCCUCACUUCCCCUCACGAUUCUCCUCCUGUGUUACCCUUUGAUCCCCAGCACUAUUCAGCCCAACUGCAGCACUACUCCUAUGAUGCACCAGUGCCUAGCAUGGUAGGCAAGACACAUAGGCAAUCAGGAAAUCCGAAGAACAUCCAAAAAAUUCUGGCUGUGUCUGACAGGGGUGAAACUUUCCAAGGUGAAGACAACCGAAGUGUGGCACUGAGUUAUGGGAGCCUCACUUACAAACAGCAGGGCCUGUUUUCUCAAGGACAGAAAUGUUUUCUUAAUAAACAUUUAGGAAAUGAAGAAGCAUCAAAUGCCUCUGGUUGCCCGCUGCAGCUGAACCACACUUCCAGACAAACAGCAACACUACCAGACAGACAAACAGUACAUUGGGGAUAUGUUGCUCAGGCAAGAAAGGGGUCACAAGAACAUUUACUCCAGCAGCCAUUCCACCAAGGAAAGCAUGAGUUCUAUGCCACCGACGGUAGGCCAUCAGUUGGCAUGAGUUACAGUACCUUAGGGAUACCGCAUCAGGUUUCAAGAGACAUAGAUGGUUUUCAAGGUUGUCCUGUGCCUCCCGCACAUGCUAAGGCUCCAGGUCCAAGGAGGGUAGAUAUGCCACCAGAUGAAGAUUGGCGGCAGAAUAGCUAUACCCCUCAGCCUGGAGCAAGGAGAAUUUUGUCAGUGCACACGACAGAUGGACCUUACUCAUCCACAUCUGAGAUGCACCAGAAGAUGCUAGCAUGUGCAGCCAUUGCCUCCAUGCACAACAGUGGCUGGUGAAGUCUCAGCCUUUAGAUAUGAUUGCUCCCUUAUGAAUUGUCUGAACUGUAGUUACUGAAAUGCAAUCGAUAACAAGACAGCCAGUUUUUCCCCUUCAGUGUCUGUGCCAGUCUUGUCCUUAAAAGUAGCUAUACAAUAAGUGGAAGCUAAUUGCACUGUGUUUCUUUUUCUGUACUGCUAGGUCACUGUCUCGGGGGAACUUUUCAGUGACUCCGUUUCCAGCUUCUUUCCACAGGAAAUGAUUUAAGGCUCACUACUAGCCAAAGAAGAGCAAGAUUUGCAUAUGGGUUAAACAUUAAAUCCACUGUUGAUGACAAUAGGCUGCAUUUGUCAAGUGAAGUGUCACUAGUAAACCCUUAUGCCAACCUGCUUUUCAAUCUUGGGUUAUCCUUCUCUGUUAGAAUGGGGAAUGGGGAGACUGAUGUGCUUUCUAUGCUCCUCCAAGUGAGACAUUUGGCAGUGCUCAUGGGUUAAUGAGGCAAAUGUAUCUUUCUUUGUGCUGAAGUAUUGGGGCACAAGUGACUGCUGUAGGUGCUAGUGAGGAAGUGGAAAGAAUGCAUAGCUCAAAUGCAAACCAGGCUCACUUCCACUCCUCAGAGCAGACUAAGGGCGCAAUCCUAUGCAUGUUUAGACAGAAAAAAGGCCCACAACUUCCCAUAGCUGGCUGAGGCAUGCUGGGAAUUAUAGGCCUUUUUACUGUCUAGACAUGCAUAGGAUUGCACCUCAACAGUGUUUCAAACAGCAAAGAUUGUUAAGGCUGCACACUCCAUUAUAAGAUGGUAAACACAGAAUCACUUUAACCAUUUUAGGGUCAGACAUAUUUGCCUUUGUAAGUAUUUUCAAUAAAUCUAUGAAAUAGCUCUAUUUAUUGGGUGAUGUUGUAUAAAUUGCUUUUAUGUCUUUCAAACUGGCACGCAAUUCUUGCUGUGUGUUCAUUAACUCUUCCUCUGUGCACAUCAUUUUUCUCUCCUUAUGGCAUUACAUGUUUUAGCAUUUGGCUCCUGCAAUUCCUCCUUGUCAGGUUCUACCAAAAAGAGUCUGAUCUGUAUGAAAAACUGUACUACAACAAAACAUUUAUUUAAACAUAAUGACGUGAAGAUACAUUCGUUAAAUGUCUAGUCAGAAGAUCAUUGUUCUUAUCCUGAUCUUUAAGAAACAAAAAACUAAUUUGAACUUCUCUGUAAAACUUUUCAGAUUAUGUUUGUAUAAAGUAGUAGGUCUAUCAGGACCAAGAAAUGUAAUUAUGGUAGUUGCUACUGCUAUAGCUGCUUUCAUGUUCUUCAAUUUUUAUUAGAAACUACAAGGACUUAGAAAUGUUCUAUUUUUUUAUGAAAUCUCAUGUUUAGAAUUUUGUAUUAUUGUGCAAUGUUAUAGAAAUGUUUAAUAACAAAAGUUGGAUAUUUUGUAGGUGUCAAAUGAUAAAACAUUUAAUACCAUAUACCACAAAAUCAGCUCAAUGUGAGGGCUUUCAGAGCUGACAUGGUAACAUUAAUAAACAUGGAAACAAAAUGACAGAUGCUCCAGAAGAGUCAGUCAAUUAUCUUGGCCAAUGCUUGUAAAAUUUACAUGCCACAAAAUCAGCUCCAAGAAAUCACCCUGCAAGAUGAGUUUUAUAAAGUGAGAAGACGGUAUGGCUACAAAUACAGAAAAUACCGACGAUGGCUAUGGGGAUAAAAUGGGCACUUGCAUUUGUUUUAGAAUGAAUGAAAAAUUGAAUGGAAUGGAUUAGUUCUGAAAUUAAAAGUGGAUUCAGGACUCCCAUGGGGGGAGUUACCGUAUUCUGCUAAUGGCAAUAAUGCAGCACCUGGAGCAUUCUGGUGAGGGCGGGGUGGGGGGCGUCAGGGAAAAGCUGCCAGUGAGCUCCACCUGCCACCUCCAUUAGAAGCAGUGGCAACUAUUUUAAAAAUAAGAAAAUGAAACUAAAUGGGACUAAAGAAACAAAUGUAAGUCUAAUGAAUGAAAAAAAUAUGAUUCUUACAAAUGGAUAACAAAAUGAAUACCUUAAUUAAAAAAAACCAAUGAAGUA